GGCUCCUGCGCUUCCACCCUGCAGACAAAAAUAACUCGAGCAUGAGCAGCAGACACAGCUCGAGCAGAGGAGGAGAAAGAAGAAGAGAAAAAGCGGCUCCGGUCCCAAUCCCAUGGCGCUCUUCGCCGUCGUCCUGCGCGCAUCCCCGCUGGCCGCCGCCGCCGCGGCGCCGUCCUUCAGCUGCGUGUCCGGCCGUGCGUCUGCGCUGCGCGUCACCUCCAGCAAGAGGCGCGCCGUCUCCUCCAGGGCCGGCCGGUCGCUGUCCAUCCGGUGCGAGCAGAGCGCGAAGCAGGGCGGCGGCCCCGACGUGUGGCUGGGCCGCGCCGCCAUGGUCGGCUUCGCCUCGGCGAUCUCCGUCGAGGUGGCCACCGGCAAAGGCUUCCUCCAGAACUUCGGCGUGGCGACGCCGGCGCCGACGCUGGCGCUGGUCGUGUCGGGGCUCGUCGUGGGCCUCGCCGUCUUCUUCCUGCUCCAGUCCGGCUCGCGGGACUGAACCCUGGUGAAUGAGCAAUCGAACAGUUUCAGGGUUCAGUGCUGCCGGUUCCUCGUCGGAGGCUGCUCUGCAAACACGUCCAGUUUGUCCCUCGUGACAUCUUUCCUUGUACCAUGUAAUGUAGUAACUGACAAUCAUCUACAGAAUGCCUCUCUUAAGUUUUGGUGGGGAAAAAUAAUAGCUCGUGUGCUCAUUUCGCAGAA